UGACACUGAUCUUUGCCCAUUCUUUGACCCGAAUCUUGUUUUUUUCAUCAUAAUUCUUUGAUUUUUAUCUACUUUAAUUGCUGAGUGAAUAAGUGGAUCGCACUGUUUGGUGUUGGGUUAUGAGUGUUGUCGUUGAUUUGUAAUUAUUCUUAUCCUUUUUGCUGAUAUGGGUUUUGAAUGAUUUCACCUCUUUUCAGCUUCAAGAGGAAGUUUUUAACUUUUUUUGGGUGUUAGGGAAGAAGAUCAAGCAAAAGUUGGUCUUUCAUAAUGAUGAAGAACAAUGUGGGUCUUUUUGAAGUUUGACCAGAGAAAAGGGCACUAUCAAAGAAGAAAAGAUGUCUCCUUCGAUGCUGUAAUUGUCAAUACAAGGUGUUUGUGAAAAUGCCCAUGUACCAGCCUUCUACUGGUGGCCAGGUCUUGGAUCUGGAAACUGCCGUCAAAGAUGGCAUUUUGGGUGGUGGAGUUAUCUGCGGUGGCGUCACCACUGCAAACGUCGAGAAACUGGAUCUGAAGACGAUGAUUGAACAGCUCGACUCCAUUGAAGUCCCAUCUGUGUUCAUCUGUCCAAUCUCAUUAGAACCGAUGCAAGAUCCAGUCACCCUUUGUACAGGUCAGACAUACGAAAGGUCCAACAUCCUCAAAUGGUUUUCUUUGGGACACUUCACUUGCCCCACCACAAUGCAAGAGCUUUGGGACGAUUCACUAACACCCAAUUCGACGCUCAACCAUUUAAUCCACACCUGGUUCUCUCAGAAAUACCUAGCUAUGAAAAAACGAUCAGAAGAUGUUCAAGGAAGGUCGCUAGAGCUCCUGGAGACAUUAAAGAAGGUCAAAGGUCAGUCCCGAGUUCAAACCCUCAAAGACCUCCGAAAAAUCGUCGCCGCCCAUGACUCCGCCAAGAAAACGGUGGUCGAUAAUGGCGGAGUAAGCUUCAUCUCUUCUCUCUUAGGUCCUUUCACUAGCCACGCAGUCGGGUCCGAAGCGAUUGGGAUCUUGGUGAAUCUCCGAUUAAGCUCAGAUUCCAUCUCUAAUCUUCUUCAACCCAUGAAGAUUUCAUUAAUGGUGGAUGUUUUGAAUGAGGGGUCAACCGAAACCAAAAUAAAUUGUGUAAAAUUGAUGGAAAUUUUGUUUCGAGACUCCGAAAUUAUCCCAAGUUUGAGUCUUUUAGUGGGAAUAUUGAGGUUAGUGAAGGACAAAAGACACCCACAUGGGAUAUUGGCAGGGCUUAGAUUAUUAAAAAUCAUCACCCUACAACAGUCGCCGGAAAACUCCAUAAUCAGCAUCGGUGGUGUUCCCCAAUUGGUUGAAAUGUUGCCUUUUUUUAACCCUGAAUGCUUAGAAUUAGCUUUAUAUGUUCUUGAAAUUCUCUCUUCGAUCCCUGAAGGUGCUUUAGCUCUCAAAGAUUGCUCUCAUACGAUUCCCAAUUUGGUGAAAUUGCUGAUGAAAAUCUCAGAAACUUGUACUCAAUAUGCAUUGUCAGUUCUAUGGGAGGUUUGUAGGCUUUCGCCGGAAGAAUCUGCCGCCACAGCAGUGAACGCCGGACUUGCCGCCAAGCUCCUCCUUGUGAUUCAGAGUGGUUGUAGUCCGCGAGUGAAGCAACGGUCAGCAGAGCUUUUGAAAUUGUGUAGCUUGAAUUACACAGCCACCAUUUUCAUUUCGAAAUGUAAGCUCACAAGAACAUUGCAAUGAAAUGAAAAAGGGUAAAAUGGUCAAAAACUGUUCAUAUAGAAGGAGGCAACAUAAUACCCUUUUAUGUAUCCUGUGUAAUGUGUAUACCCUCCCCUAUUGAAGGGGGACUCUUUGUAAUUCAAUUUUGUUUGUUUAAUGAAUAUUAGAGUAGGUUGAAAUAUAUAAUUGUAAUUUAAUUUUGUUUGUUUAAUGAAUAUUAGAGUAGGUUGAAAUAUAUAAUUGUAAUUUAAUUUUGUUUGUUUAAUGAAUAUUAGAGUAGGUUGAAAUA